AUGGCGUCGGGUGCCUAUUCUUAUUCCGGCGGCGCCGCCAACGCGCAACAGCCAUACUACGACCCAGAAGCCCUGCAUGUGCAUUCGCGGCAAACAACACCAGCGCCGCAAUAUCAAGCCAACCAACCCGGCUACGACUACAACUACAAUGCACAGCACCCUCAAGGCCAGCCCGGCCGACCGUCGCCCUUUGAUACCGUCUUCGACGACAACGCUUACCCGUCAAACUCGAGACAGGGCAGCCACCAUGGUGGAAAUACGCCGCAGCCUGGCCUCUACCAAGAUACAGGCUACUAUGGCCAGGCAGGAGCCUCGCCCAUGUCGUCCCGACCAAAUGUCGCAGAGGACAUUCCCCUGCAAGACCGCCCGACCAAGGACGGCGAGCCCACUGAUCACAUCUACGAUGCCUCGGCAGCCCCUCGCCAACGCUCGCGCAGGGGCAAGGGCAAAGUCCGUAUAGGAGAGCUGGGCAUGCUUGGAUCCGACAAGAAACGAAUUCCUUUUGUCGUGUACUUUUUCAGCCUUAUUCAGGUUGCCGUAUUCAUUGCCGAAAUUGCCAAGAAUGGUAUUAUGACGGGCUCUCCCAUCAUGAUUAAGCCGCAAUUUAAUCCCAUGAUUGGGCCCUCGACCCAAGUACUCAUCAACAUGGGCGCUCGAUACGCGCCCUGUAUGCACAACAUCAAGGCCAUCCAGGGGGCACCGGCCGACCGACCGAUUUAUUUUCUCUGCCCGAAUGCGACGACUAACACCGAAAUCUGCCCGCUAUCCACGCUCUGUGGCUUUGGUGGCGUGCCCGACCCCAUUUUCGACGGAAACGCGGACCAGAAUCCGGCGCCCGAUCAGUGGUACCGGUUUAUUAUUCCCAUCUUUAUGCACGCCGGAAUCAUUCAUAUCGGAUUUAACUUGCUACUUCAGCUCACAGUGGCCAAGGAAAUGGAACAGGCCAUUGGUUCGAUCCGCUUCUUCCUUGUAUACAUGAGCGCUGGUAUUUUCGGCUUCGUCAUGGGUGGUAAUUUUGCUGCACCCGGCAUUGCAUCUACUGGCGCUUCUGGCUCUUUAUUUGGCAUCAUUGCGCUGACGCUUUUGGAUUUGCUUUACUCUUGGUCGGAGCGUCGCAGCCCCGUCAAGGAUCUCAUGUUCAUCAUUGUGGAUAUGGUCAUUGCCUUUGUUCUCGGUCUGUUGCCUGGCUUGGACAAUUUCUCGCACAUUGGUGGCUUCCUUAUGGGUCUUGCGCUCGGGAUCUGCGUUUUGCAUUCUCCCAAUGCGCUACGAAGACGCCUGGACGAGGGCAUGGCUUAUUCCGCUGUUCAAGGCGGUCAAGGAGUACAUCCGCCCUUCCAUAAGAGCCCUGUUGGCUUCUUUAGAGGACGAAAGGCGCUCUGGUGGGCUUGGUGGAUUGUCCGAGCUGCCGUUCUCAUUACCAUCAUUGUCGUUUUCAUCGUGCUGCUCAACAACUUUUACAAACUGGGCGACCAGUGUGGAUGGUGCAAGUAUCUGAGUUGCCUGCCCAUCAAAGACUGGUGUGAGCUCGGCGCGAUCAAGGAGGCAACCUGA